CGCAUUGCGCAGAUCCCGCUGCGUUUCGAAAUCCGAUGUCGGGUUAUGUCAACAGACGCCGCUCGAUUUCUACCGUCGAUCUGCCGUCAGAUUCUGUCGGCAUACUCCGUUACAUUUUCAUCGGAGUUCUAUCAAUCAUCGGAUAUAACAAAUUCAAACGCGUCGAGUCUAACCGCCGACAAAAUUUGUAACCUCGCAGUUCUCGAUAGACUCUGUCUAACGACAGCCUGUCGGAUUUACCGGUUUAGCAUGAAGAUAUCUAUUCAUCCACUGACAGCUGAUCCAACGGCGGCCUGGCAUGAAUUAUCUCAACAUCAGAAAGUUGUUAAGAUAACUGCUAAAGUGCCGACGACUGAGGCACCGAGCGAUAAAUUGCGCGUGGUAUGCAUGAGCGAUACGCAUUCGCUUACGCCGUACAUAAAAUUCGAUAUUCCCAUGGGAGAUGUCUUUAUCCAUGCUGGGGAUUUCACGAAAUGUGGUAGCCUGCAGGAAGUCAUAGAAUUCAACAAUUGGAUAGGUAACUUGCCACACAAACACAAAAUAAUUAUAGCUGGCAACCAUGAACUCAGUUUCGAUCCUACGUUCACAAAUCCUUUUUCCGUGCACACCAGUGGAGAUCAUCAAAAACAUACAGGGACCAGUAUACUCGACAAUAUACCUACCCUGGGUAUGUCAAAGGAUGCUCUUGCAGAAGCUAUUAAAACUACUAAUAUUAAGGAUUAUUUGACAAAUUGUACAUACCUAGAAGAUUCUGAGAUUACAGUGCACGGGAUCAAGAUAUACGGUACUCCAUGGCAACCGGAGUUUGUAAAAUGGGCGUUUAACGUGCCACGCGGAGAAGCAUGCCUCUCAAAAAUGGGAAAAAUUCCAUCAGAUACAGAUAUUCUUGUAACGCAUACUCCACCUGUAGGUCACGGAGACCUUUGCUGCACUGGCGUGCGAGCUGGAUGUGUCGAAUUAUUGUCGACGGUGCAGAAUCGAGUGAAACCCAAAUAUCAUGUGUUUGGUCAUAUACACGAAGGAUAUGGAAUAUCUUCAGAUGGCAAGAUAAUAUAUAUUAAUGCCUCGACAUGUGAUCUAAAUUAUCUGCCAAAUAAUCCACCUAUAGUAUUUGAUAUAACAUUACCAUCUGGUAUUCAGAAAUCAUAAAUCAGAUGUGAUAUAUAACACCAAUGUACAUUACAUCGCAUAAUGCUACAGCAUCAGGAAUCUCUCACGAACUCGAAAAAACUCGUGAAAUUAAAUAGUGAUUUCUUACCUUAACUUUUAAAUCAUAAUGUAUGUAUAAAGUAUGUAAUAUAUAAGCAUUAAUUCUUGCCUUUCUUUUUCAUACGAUUUAUAAAACGAUAUAAAUUAAGAUAUAAU